AUGGGGGACUUUGUGGAUUGUGGUUUCUACAGCGUUGAAACGUUCCUCCUGCUGCUGGCACUUAAGGUUCACUAUCCUGAUCGAAUCACCCUGAUCGGGGGCAACCAUGAGAACCGUCAGAUCACACAGGUCUGUGGCUUCUAUGAUGAGUGCCUGCGUAAAUAUGGCUUGGUGACCGUGUGCCGCUACUGCACUGAGAUCUUUGACUACCUCAGCCUGUCAGCCAUCAUUGAUGGCAAGAUCUUCUGCAUGCACAGGGGCCUCUCCCCCUCCAUCCAGACCCUUGACCAGAUCCGGACGAUUGACCGAAAGCAGGAGGUGCCUCAUGAUGGUCCCAUGUGUGACCUGCUCUGGUCUGACCCUGAAGACACAACAUGCUGCGGUGUGAGCCCCUGUGAGGCUGGCUACCUAUUUGGCAGUGACGUGGUGGCUCAGUUCAAUGCAGCCAACAACACUGACAUGAUCUUCCGUGCCCACCAACUGGUGAUGGAAGGUUACAAGUAGCACUUCAAUGAGACUGUGCUCACUGUGUGGUCGGCACCCAACUACUGCUACCGCUGUGGGAAUGUGGCAGCCAUCUUGCAGCUGGAUGAGCAUCUCCAGAAAGAUUUUAUCAUCUUUGAGGCUGCUCCCCAAGAGACGCGGGGCAUCCCCUCCAAGAAGCCUGUGGCCGACUACUUCCUGUGACCCCUUUGUCCUCUGCCUCCCACCCCCCUCCAGUCCCUCUGGCCCUUGGACCACUGUGACUCUACCCUCUUCUCCAGAUGGAGGCUGGGCAUGGGGGGCUGUCCCCAGCGCUGCUCUCCCUCAAAGAGGGCACUUCGAGGGUGAGGACGUCCUCUGGAGAGGCUCGGAGCCUGAGCUCCAUGCUCCUCUCCUUUCUCCCCAUCUGAACCAUGAAGUUUCCAAUAAUUUUUGUUUUUCUUUUUUUCA